AUGAGCAAGCCAUCGAGGUGCAGGGCAGUGCAGACGCAGGUCGCCCUGCUCCUCCUCUUGCUCGUCGCUGCCUCCCUGCUCCAGGCCGGCGACGCUGCUUCAGGGUUCUGCGCGGGCAAGUGCGCGGUCCGGUGCGGGCGGUCGCGCGCAAAGCGGGGGGCGUGCAUGAAGUACUGCGGGCUGUGUUGCGAGGAGUGCGCCUGCGUGCCGACGGGGAGGAGCGGCAGCCGCGACGAGUGCCCCUGCUACCGCGACAUGCUCACCGCCGGGCCCAGGAAGAGGCCCAAGUGCCCGUGA